AUGGCCGAGGUCCCCGAAGACUACGAUUCCGGGCCCGGUGAGGAUGAAGACCUGAGUUCAGAGACACCUGCGGGGCCUCAGCUUCUUCCAGUGGAUGAAGUUACCACGCCGGACACCAUUGCAGAAGCAGACCCGGAGCUGCCGGUCGAUUCUAAGGAAGAACCGCAGCCGGAGAGCGCCGGGGAGACGGAGCCAGAGCGGCCCCCGGAGAAUGCUGAGAGUUUGCCGCGAACAGCCGCCAGCAUCCCCGGAGAAGACAUGUCCAGAGAGUUGGAUGAAGACUCUUCUAUUGACACCGAGCCAGACACCUCCCUAGAGACAUCCACAGGUUGGAUGGUGUUUAUGGAUGAAAAGCUGGACCUCGUGCCACAGGAGGAAACCAUAAUGCAUGCCACUGAGGAAAUGCUCAUCGAGUCAGUGAAGGAAACAGAUCUGGAGCUACCAGAGGAAGCCACCCCCGAGAUUCCAGGGGCCACAUUCAGUGAAACAAGAUUAGGGUUCCUACAGGAACCCAAACCUGAGAUCACCGAGGAGGUAUUCAGAGAACAGCAUGAAGAGAGCGUGCUGCAGUCUCCAGAGCACAUAAGACCAGAAUUUCCAAGUGAUACACCCAGAAAGUCAGUGGAAGAAUCAGAUUCGCAGCCACCAGCGAUGGCUUCAUCAGAGAUCACAGAGGAAAGACCAGUAAAAUGGACUGAGGAGCAAGGAGCAGAGUCACCCAACCAGACUACACCAGAGUUUCUGAAGAAGAAACCAAGCGAGUUAACUGAGGAGGCAGGUCUAGCGCUUCCAGAAGAGAUGGAAGCAGAGGUUCCAGAGGAAACUCCAGAAGGAUCCUCUGAGGAGGCAGAUCUGGAGUCUUCAGAAGAAUCAGCAGAGGAGGCAGAUCUGGAGUCUCCAGAAGAGACUGGGCCAGAGGAGCCUCCAGAAAAAUCUGCUGAGGAGCCAGAGCUGGAGCCUCCAGAAGAAUCAAAUAAGGAAAUAGGACUGGAGCUUCCAGAAGAGACAAGACCUGAGGUUCCAGAGAAGACACCAGAAAAGUCAAGGGAGGAGCAAGGGAUAGAGCCACUUGCUCAAAGUACAGCAGAGUUUCCAGAGUUGAAACCAACCAAGUCUGUGGAAGAUACACAAAGAAAGGCAACUGAGAGAGUCCUAGCAGCAGUGGAGGGGAUGAAAUCAGAGUUUCUUGAGGAAGCAUCAACUGAGGGAGCAAAUCUAGAGAAGCCGAAAGCAGGUGUUCUAGAGGAGACAAGAAGAAAGUCAACUGAAGGAAUUCCAGCACCACCAGAAGAGGUUGAUCUAAUGCUACUACACGAGAUCAAACCGAUUCACGAGACACAAAGCAUGUCAACUAGGGAGAGAGUUGUAGCAUUACCAGAUGAAGACAUGCUAUUGAGAGGAGUAGAUCCCUCCAAGGAUGAUAGCACAAAACCAGUCAAGGUUCAGCAUUCUGAAGAAGCCAGUGAGCUCAAGCACCCCAAGGAUCACACAAUUACGAUAUCAAACAAAGAAACGAAAGAGUCCCUGUUAGAGUUCCAUAGAGAAAAUGAAACAGAGAUGAUGGAAACAGAUGAUGAGUUUUCUAAUACCACUAAAGAAAGCACAAAUUCGGAUCUCUCAGACUCUGAAAUGAACUUGAAAAAGUUGCUUAGUGAAGAUAAAAUCACAGGUUUGUCUGGAGAAGUGGAGAAAAUCAUCCCUAGAGAAACCCAGCCAAGGGAAAAGGCAGAUCUACAAUUUAAGUAUCUUGAGUGGAGCCCAAGGGAUGUUGCAGAGUGGAUUAGUCAACUGGGCUUCCCUCAGUACAAGGAAUGUUUUACUGAAAACUUCAUCAGUGGUCAGAAACUCAUCUACAUAAACUGCUCCAAUCUCCCUCAGAUAGGGAUAACAGAUUUUGAGGACAUGAAGGUAAUAUCUCGGCACACUCGGGAACUACUGGGAAUUGAAGAACCGUUGUUUAACCGUCCAAUCGCUCUUCCCCGCAGGGACAAUAUAGGUUUGUUUUUAGAACAAAAAAGUCACACGGGGGUAAAAUCGGAUCGUUUGACCUUUCCUGAAUUUGUCCAGGCAACAGGAUUACAGGAUUAUGCUCCAUAAAUACCUUCUUCUCAAGAGGAUUCACCAUCAUGCUGCACUGAACCAUAG